AUGUACCUCUCCGCCUGCUCCGUCGGUGAGGCCCACGCAAUCAUUUCGGGCCCGCACAAAGCUGCCGCCGCCGACGUGCUGCGCUGCACACUCGUGACGUUCGACAUCAAGCUGAGGUCGUUGAAGCUUUUCGAGUGGCAGCAGACUGUCACGCAGGACCUCCCCCGUACAGGGUGGGUUUUUGUGCUUGGCAUCUUCAGCACCGACCUCCCCCUCAUUUUGGGCCACGUUGCCGCGCACCUGGACCUGCACGUUCUGAUGUCGUAUGCCGAACACAAUCUUCGGUGCUUGUGCUUUGUUCGCAGGGAGGCGGACGGUGCCACGGACCGCGUUUUUUACGCGACGAGCCUGCUGCACUGGGCGGACACGAAGUCGCAGGUGAAGAUUGCGCGCAGCUACCACGCUGCCGUGACGAACAGUUCCCGGUGGUCGCCGCUGGGGCUGAGGGGUUUUGUGGUUGUUUGUGCGAUGCUGGCCCUUUCGGAGGUGACGGGCGGCAUCACGUUCGAGCUGCUCCUGCAGGCACUCUACGUGUACAGGAUGAUUUUUGUGGGGGCUGGCAUGACGCUUGGUUUCUUUGCGUCUCUGCACCCCCCGGUGUGCGGCGACUCUUCUCAUUGUCUGGUGAACUACGGUGCAUUCGACAUUGCCCUCUGGUCGAUGUCGCGGGUCGCUUGA